GCAUAAGUGAGUUUGCGCCGUCACGUGGUCUUUAGCAUGUUUCUAGUUUGGUGAGAGUUAGUUUCUAUUUUUAAUCAAUGUAAAGGAAGUUGGUAUUAAUAAAUGAGCUCAACAGUGACAGUCUGUAACUAAUCUGAGGGAGGUCUGAUAGUCGUGUCUUGGGUUGUUACACAGAUGUUAGCUAGGUUACGUGCCUGUGGUUAACACGCUUUUGGGGAUAGUAUUGGAUCCACAGGAGUCCAAACAAACAUGGCCCGACCUCUGCAGCUCCUGUCCUUGCUCUCCAGGGUUGGAGCUCUGUCACCGAUGCCCUCGACUACUUUUACCGGCCGUCGGUUUGUAAGUAAAGGCGUCACCAGGACAUGGAACGGACUGACCCAAAGAGACAGAGCUUCAACAUACGGCGAUGAGGAGGUGUAUGAAGGAGGGGAUGAACUGGAGGAUGUGGAGGACAAGCUGCAGGCCCUGCUCAAUGAGGGGCGGAAGAGGCAGAAGACUGUGAAGUAUCACAUACUGAGGAGGAAGAUGACCCCUUCAGGAGCACCAGAGAGGAGUUUAACCUGGGAUGCUAUUGAGCAAAUCAGAUAUUUAAAGGCGGAGCAGCCAGAGGAGUGGACAGUAAAGCGUCUCGCAGAAGGCUUCUCCGUCAGCCCUGAUGUCAUCCUUCGAGUUCUCAGGACCAAGUUCAUCCCCAGUCCUGAAAGAAAAGCCAAACAGGACACGAAGGUGAUGGUGGCACUCAAUCAGCAGACUUUGCCAUCAGGUGUCGUAAAAGUACAGGAAAGACCGAGACUGACUGGUAACAGUGCAGCAGCCGUACUCCCACCUGGAAACACAGAAAACACUGUGGUCCCCGUGGAAAACCAGACUCUGACGCUACGAGGUGAAGGUUCAGGAUCCCUGACCGUGAGUCCUGUUCCAGUUGCUGCUCUGGGUAGAUUGUCAGCAGCAGAUACUAGUAAACACACCUUAGUGAGAUCAACAAAGGAAGAAAACGCAACCAGCAGAGUUACGGAAGAGGAAGAGGAGAGCUGGGAUGGACAGGUUCUGACAGAAGAACAACUUGAACAGUGUAUGGAGACUGUGACAUUUUCUCCUGUGGUGCAAGUUGGAAAGGAUUUCUUUGAUGUGGAAGGAAAAUUUUUGUAUAGAAUCUGAGGAUUUGCCACAAGUAAUGUUAAUAUAUGAAUGAGAAGUAUUUUUCUAUUAAUAACUGCCCAGCAGAAUAAAUGGAUUAUUACAAGGCCAUUGGUCUUCUGUCUUGGAAUUGUUUUAUUACUAAGGGUGUCACUGAACAGCCUCACCCACCAAUUCACCAGAAAAAUUCCAGAGAGGUCAUCUCAUGAUGGUUGUAUGAAUUUGACAUGCAAGCCUUAGUUCAAAUGAUCUUUUCCUUGAAUUCUGUAAGUUUAGAAGUUGUAUCUAGACCCACCCUCUCCAUACAUGUAAUAAGAUCUUCAAUAACUGAAAAUACAAAAAUUUAACUGAUU